AUGCACGAAAAUUCAGAAUUGCACAAAACUAAUGUAGUUAAAAACUCUUUUAUUAAAACAAAUGCAAAUAUAUAUGCACAAAUAUCGGAUAGUCAUAAAAAGUCUAUGGAAGAAUCUAGAUUAGCUCUUGAUAAAAUAAUAUCUUCAGUAUUUUUUUUGGCAAAACAAGGCUUAGCAUUAAGAAGGCAUACAGACGAAUCUGCAAAUUUAAAUCAGUUAUUAAAACUUCGAUCGGAAGAUUCGACUGAAUUAAAUAACUGGUUAGGUAGAACAAAAUAUAAGUGGAUUUCUCACGAUAUAAUUAAUGAAAUUCUUAGCAUGCUGUCAUUAGAAGUCAUUAGAAAUAUUAUCAAACAAAUUAAAGAAAACACAUUUUAUGCCAUUUUAUUAGACGAAACUAGUGAUAUUACUGUCAAAGAACAAAUUUCGUUUUGUUUAAGAACAGUGGACAAAGAAUCGUUGGAAAUCGAAGAAUAUUUUAUGGGUUUUUACGAAACGCCUAAAACAGAUUCUGAUACUCUUUUCAAAAUUGUGAAAGAUAUUUUGUGUAGAUUGGAAUUAGAUUUUUAUAAUAUUAGAGGACAAUGUUUUGAUGGUGCUAGCAAUGUUUCUGGAAUUCAUAAAGGAUUACUAGCUAGAAUAAAAGAAAUUGAACCAAGAGCAUUGUUUGUUCACUGUCAAGCUCAUUCUUUAAAUCUUGUUACCCAAGAUAGUAUGCGAAAUGUAAAAAAUGCUAGAGAUGUACUAAAUUUUAUAAGAGAAUUAAUUACAUUUAUUAAACAAUCACCUAAGAGACUAUCUUGGUUUAAAACGAAUUAA